GCACUCGAUUGGCCGAGCCUAAGCCAAGAUGGCUGCGCCCAUGUGAGUCGUCCGCUGGCUCGCUGGCGUUCGGCGGCGGCGAGGCCCGAGGCCAGGCCGGGGAGCAACGCAGGGACCGCGGGGGGCCGAGAUGCUGAGGGCGGCGCGGAGGGCGCUCCUGUGGGGCCGAGCUCAGGCCCCAGCCCCAGCCCUGGCCUGCGGGCCGACGGCCAGAGCAGCCGCGGGGCCUCCGUGCGCCCUGCGACCUGGAAAUGGCAUCCUCCUCCAGGCAACCCGAGCCUAUGCAGAUAAGAAACCAGUAACCCAGUCCAGCCAGAUGGAUGACCUGCCUUCCUCCAUGCUGCUGAAAGAGUAUCAAAAUGUCCCUGGAAUUGAUGGGGUCGAUGAUAUUGUGAAAAGACUCUUGUCUCUGGAAAUGGCCAACCAGAGGGAGAAAAUGAAGAUAAAGACAGAGCAGUUGCUAAACCAGAUCACCUCAAACCCAGAAGAUACCACAUCCCUGGAAGCCCGAGUUGUAAGAUUGACAGUCAGGAUCCGAAACUAUGAAGAACACAUGCAGAAGCAUCACAAGGACAAAGCCCACAAGCGAUUGCUGCUUAUGGCCAUUGACCAGAGAAAGAAGGUACUCAAAAAGCUUCGGCAGACCAACUUUGAGGUGUUUGAGAAGACGUGUCAAGAGCUGGGCAUUGAAUACACAUUUCCCCCUCUGUAUUACCGGCCCGCACACCGACGGUGGCUGGCUAAGAAGGAGUUUUGUAUCAAGGUUUUCCAGGAGACACAGAAGCUGAAGAAGCUAAAGAAACAAGAAGAAGCACUGAAACGUGAAGAAAUAAAGCGGCUGGAGAGUCAGGACACUUCGGCCUCUUAGCCCAGGCUCCACCAAUCCUGUGGCACUUUAUCUAAUACAAAAAAUAAAUUAAGUUAAAACCCA